AUGGGCGAGGCCUCCGCCGCGGGCGGCGCGGACGCGGGGCGCGAGCGCGACGGCCGCAGCCACACGCGGGACCGCCGCGAGGGCGGCCGCAGCAGGACGCGGGACCGCCGCGAGGACGACCGCCGGGACGACGACCGGCGGGACCGCGACCGGGACAGGGAGCGGCGGGAGGACCGCCAGGAGGACGACCGCCGCGACGGCGACCGCCGGGAGGAGGACCGCCGCGACGGCGACCGCCGCGACGGCGACCGCCGGGAGGAGGACCGCCGGGACGGCGACCGCCGUGACGGUGACCGCCGCGACGACGACCGCCGGGACAGGGACCGCCGCGACGACAUCCGCCGGGACGACGACAGGCGGGACCGGGACCAGCGAGACGACGACCGCCGGCGGGACGACCGCAGCAUCAGUCGGAAGGACGACAUUCCGCGGAAGGGGGGCAAGGGCGGCAAGGGCAAGGGCGGCAAGUUCGACAGGCGCCCCGACGAGCCGGGCAAGCUGUUCCUAGGCGGGCUCGACUCCAGGGUCGAGGAGGAGGACAUUCGGAGGAAGUUCGACAGAUUUGGCGAGGUCGUCCAGGUCCAGAUCGUCAAGGACCGGGAGACGGGCAUGCCGAGGGGCUUCGGCUUCCUCAAGUUCGCAGACCCGAGCAGCGCGGACAAGGCGCUGAGGGAGAUGGACAACGUCGAGAUCCAGGGCCGCCGCGUGCGCAUCAACCGUGCCACGCAGAAUGCCAACCGGCAGCAGGACCGCGACGGCCACCAGGACAGGGACGGCGGCAGGGGCUACGCGGACCGCCGCGACCACGACCGCGGCGGCGACCGCCGGGACCACGGCAGGGACCGGGACCGCGGAGGUGGCGACAGGGACCAGGAGUACGAGCCCGACAAGGUCUUUGUCGGCCACCUGUCCCGCGACGCCACGGAGGAGGACAUCAGGGACGUGUUCGGCAAAAUCGGCAAGGUCGUCCAGGUCCAGCUAGUCAAGGACCACGUGACGCACGAAAGCCGGGGGUUCGCGUUCGUCAAGUUUGCGGAUGCCCGCGACGCGGACGACGCGCUGCGCAAGCUGGACGGCGCCAAGGUGGCCGACCGGCCUUGCCGGCUGGAGCGGGUCAGGACCAAGGACGGCCGCGGCGGCGGCAGGAGCCGCUCCCGCACGCCCAUUGAGGUGCGCAGGCGCCAGCACGUCGACAUGCGGCAGCGGGAUCAGGACCGCAGCUCCAGCAGGUCGCAGGACCGCCGCGACCGGCGCGCUGCGGAGCCACAGCCAGAGGGAGGCCGCGGCGGGGGCGACGGCCGCCGACAGGAGCACCGGCCGGGCGACCCGCGGCACAGCAGCGCGCCGAGCGGUUCUUCUGGCCUGACCUGGCCGUCCUCGUUCGAUCCCACGGCGCGCCCACGGCCGAUCCACACUUACUUCUUUGCCGCCAUGGCGCCCCUCGGCCUCACGGCCGCGCUGCUCUCGCUCGGCCCCCCCGCGGCCGACGCGCUGUCUCUGCAGGCCCGCGCGGGCUGCGGGGCCGCCUCCAUGGACUUCCCCGCUUUCGUGGACAGGUACGGUCGCUCCUACCAGGCUGGCACGGAGGAGUACGCUAUGCGCCAGGGGGUCUUUGAUCGGCGGGUCGAGCGGAUCUCGAGCCACAACUGCGACCCAAUGGGCCUCCACACCGCCGAGAUCAAUCACCUCAGCGACUGGACUCCAGAGGAGCUGGCCAAGCUCCGGGGCCACAAGUCCCGCCGGGGCCAGGGGCCCGUGGGGCUCGGCCAGACCACGGUGCUGCUGGCGAAGCGGGGCCAGGGCAAGGAGCAGCCAGUCCCGACGGACUUCUCCUGGGGCCACCUGGCCGCCAUCAAGGCCAACAGCAGCGAGCAGGGCUCGUGCGGCAGCUGCUGGGCGCACGCUUCCCGGCUCGCCAUGCAGUCCCGAGCCGAGGUCAAGGGGCUGACGAGCAUCGGGUGGUCGGCCCACCAGCUCAUCGCGUGCACGCCGAACCCGAAGAGUUGUGGCGGCGAGGGCGGCUGCGAAGGAGCCACCGCCGAGCUCGCGUACGAGUACGUUCUGAACAAGGGCCUUCUGCAGGAGUCCGAAUACAUCGCCAAGGCUGGGGACGACCAGCACGCGAAAUGUCCCACAGAACUGGGAGUGUCCACCGAAGUGGCCACCAGGGGUAUCGUCGGCGCUGACGGCAGCGAGGCGCACCAUGGAAAAGCAAAGAUGGCUGGCCGCGCCCUCGGACUUAUCGGAUGGACGAAAUUGCCCGAGAACAAGGAGGAUGCGAUCGUGCGGGAGUUGAUGACCAAUGGUCCGCUGUACGUCGCGGUGGCCGCUGGCGACGGCUGGUUCGACUACAGCACUGGCGUCAUGACGGAGGACUCGUGCGACCAUGACUUCGUCGUGAACCACGCGGUGGUCCUCUUCGCCUGGGGCGUCAAGCAGAAGACGGUGCGCGGCCCGGUCAAGUACUGGCAGAUAAAGAAUAGUUGGGGCCCGCAGUGGGGAGAGAACGGCACGGGCCGCUUCAUCCGGACGGACAACGAGGAGAAGGUGUGCGGCUGGGACGAGAACCCCCAGGAGGGCUCGGGCUGCGACGGCGGCCCCGACAGGGUGUGGGUCUGCGGCACCUGCGGCAUCCUCUACGACGUCGUGGCUCCGCACUUCUGA